CGACGCGGGUUUAUCGUCGGCGACCUACACGCGCUUCUUCGCUCCUCGCCGUGGUAUCGCGCCAUGUUAUCGCCACUCCUCGUGUCCGUCGGCUGUGUGGACACGCCCGCGGCUGCCAAUGUACGUGCAUGGCUCAGCGCUGGCACGACGAUGCUUCCGCCCGAAGCGCUCGAUGACAAAGUAAUCUUCUCUUCUGAGAUGUCCACGAUACGUGGGGCAAGCGCGUACUCUGCCGCGGCCACGCGGUGGGAUGCUGACGCUGCGGCCUUGCUGAAGCCGUACCGGACCUCGGUCUCGCGGCUUGUGCCGCUGGACGGGCAGAGGGUGGCGGUGCGCUGGCGCGCCGCUUGGGAUCCGGCGUCGCUCGCGUGGGCACCGCCGCUGGCGAGACUCCUCGGGUGGGAGAUCGAGCGCUUCGACCUCGACCCAGAGGUGGUUUCGAACUUUCGCUGGAUGGCAAUCUUCGAGCUAUUCGCUGCCGCCCUUCGGACUCGAGUGCUGCGGCUCCCGGCGGCCUCGGUGGAGGGGCGGGCGGUGUACUGCCUCGAGGAGGGCCGGUGCGUCGCACACGAGGAGUCGCUCGAUUUGGUCCGAACGGCCGAUAGCGGCCGCCUCCGUAACCGCCGAGCAGCGGAGAACAUCGCCGAGUUCCUCGAUGUCGCGCGCCGUCCGGACGGGUCGGAGCCGGAAGAGUGGGCGGCGGCGGUGCGGGCGCGCGUCCUGUCGGGCGUGCCAGGGGCAGGUGCAUUGCAUCUCGAGCCGAGCGAGGACCCCAGCGAGGGCGUCUUUGCCUUGGGCUGCUUUGCGCUCGUGGCGGCCUGCGCCGUGCGGCUAAGCGCGGGCGUGAUCGGAGGCGAGGCGACGACGGAGGCGUUCGGCGAGGGCGGCGACCCGGACCCACGCGUGGCUGUGUGCGAGGAGAUCGGGGCCAGGCGGUCGGUCGAUUUCAGUCAGUGCGUGAGUGAUCUCUUCUGAAAAAGCAGGUGUACAGGUUAUGUUUUG